UCUUGAGCUUCUUGAAAAUGGCCAAGGAAAUGCGGCGGAUCAUGGACAAGACGCACAACAUCCGGAACCUCUCGGUGAUUGCGCAUGUCGAUCACGGGAAAUCCACACUCACGGAUUCGCUGGUCGCGGCCGCUGGAUUCAUCUCGCUCGACAACGCCGGCAAUGUCCGCAUGACCGAUACGCGCAAGGACGAGGUGGAUCGCGGGAUCACGAUCAAGUCCACGGGGAUUUCCCUCUUGUACACGAUGCCGGACGCGGCCCUGAAAGAUUUCCGGGGGAGCCGCGACGGGAACGAGUACCUGAUCAACCUUGUCGACUCUCCCGGGCACGUAGACUUCUCCUCCGAGGUCACCGCGGCGCUGAGGAUCACCGAUGGCGCUCUGGUGGUGGUCGACUGCGUGGAAGGGGUUUGCGUCCAGACCGAGACUGUUCUACGGCAGGCGCUGGGGGAGAGGAUCAAGCCCGUCCUGGUCGUCAACAAGAUGGAUCGCUGCUUCCUGGAGCUCCAGCUCGACGGAGAGGAGGCUUACCAGACUUUCCAGCGCGUGAUCGAGAACGCCAACGUGAUCUUGUCGACUUACGAGGACAAGCUUCUCGGCGAUGUCCAGGUCUACCCGGAGAGAGGCACGGUGGGCUUUGGGGCUGGUUUGCACGGCUGGGGCUUCACUCUCACGACCUUCGCGAAGAUGUAUGCGUCGAAGUUUAAGGUGGACGAGAAGAAGAUGGUCGAGAAGCUGUGGGGCGAGAACUACUUUGAUCCUGCGACAAAGAAGUGGACGACCAGGAACACUGGCUCUCCCACUUGUACGCGUGGGUUCGUGCAGUUCAUCUACAAUCCUAUCAAGCAGAUCAUCGACAUCGCGGUGAACGACCAGAUGGACAAGCUCUUGCCAAUGCUUCAGAAGCUUAACGUUACCUUGAAGGGCGAAGACAAGCAAAAAUCCGGGAAAGCUCUAAUGAAGCGUGUCAUGCAACUGUGGCUGCCCGCGAGCGAUGCGCUGCUGGAAAUGAUCAUCUACCACCUCCCGUCACCAGUGGUGGCCCAGAAGUAUCGCGUGGAAAAUCUCUACGAGGGGCCUUUGGACGACAAGUACGCUGCUGCCAUCAGGAACUGUGAUCCUAAGGGUCCUCUUAUGGUCUACGUUUCCAAGAUGAUCCCGGCUAACGACAACGGCCGGUUCUACGCUUUUGGAAGAGUCUUCUCGGGCACUGUGGCUACGGGGAUGAAAGUGCGUAUCAUGGGACCGGCGUAUGUUCCCGGGGGGAAGACUGACUUGUACGUGAGGAGCGUCCAGAGGACACACAUCUGGAUGGGAAAGAAGCAAGAAACGGUGGAUGACGUCCCCUGCGGCAACAACGCUGCCAUGGUCGGGCUGGACCAGUUCAUCGUCAAGAAUGCCACCCUGACCAACGAGAGUGAGGUGGACGCUCAUCCGAUACGGGCCAUGAAGUUCUCGGUCUCUCCAGUCGUCCGGGUUGCUGUCCAGUGCGAGAACGCCGCGGACCUGCCAAAACUGGCGGAGGGACUCAAACGCCUAGCCAAGUCGGAUCCCAUGGUGCAGUGCAGCAUUGACGAGUCUGGCGAGCACAUCGUCGCCGGCGCUGGCGAGCUUCACCUGGAGAUCUGCCUCAAGGACCUGCAGAGCGAGUUCAUGCAGACUGCGAUCAAGGUCUCGGAUCCGGUGGUGUCGUUCCGGGAGACGGUGCUGGAGAGGUCCCGGCAGGUGAUGAGCAAGUCCCCCAACAAGCACAACCGGCUCUACUUCGAGGCUCGUCCCCUCGAGGACGGGCUCGCCGACGCCAUCGACGAGGGGAGGAUCGGGCCCAGGGACGACCCCAAGCUCCGCUCCAAGAUCAUGGCCGAGGAGUUCAGCUGGGACAAGGACCAGGCGAGGAAGAUCUGGAGCUUUGGGCCCGAGACGAGCGGGCCAAACCUGGUGGUGGACGCGUGCAAGGGAGUCCAGUACCUGAACGAGAUCAAGGACUCGGUGGUGGCGGCGUUCCAGAUCGUGUCCAAGGAGGGAGCCAUCGCCGGGGAGAGCAUGCGCGGCAUUGGCUUCGAGGUGUGCGACGUGGUGCUCCACUCGGACGCGAUCCACAGGGGUGGCGGACAGAUCAUGCCGACGGCCAGGAGGGUCAUGUACGCGGCGCAGCUGUGCGCCAACCCGAGGCUGCUGGAGCCCGUCUACCUGGUGGAGAUCCAGGCGCCCGAGGCGGCGCUGGGUGGCAUCUACAGCGUGCUCAACCAGAAGCGCGGCCACGUCUUCGAGGAGCUCCGGAGGCCCGGCACGCCGCUCUACAGCAUCAAGGCCUACCUCCCGGUGAUCGAGUCGUUUGGAUUCUCGACGCAGCUGCGAGCGGCCACGUCCGGGCAGGCGUUCCCGCAGAGCGUGUUCGAUCACUGGGAGAUGGUGGCGAGCGACCCCCUGGAUCCGGCGUCGCAGGCCGGGGUGAUCGUGGCCGGGAUCAGGAAGAGGAAGGGGAUCAAGGAGGCCGUCCCGCCGCUCAUCGAGUACGAGGACCACCUCUAGGUAAGUAAGUUCGUUCUGUUCAAGCUUUUUUUGUGCUCUUCGUUUUCUCGUAUCUAAAGUCGAGCACGCGUUUCUAAGGUUGAAGUAAUACAGUAACGGUAUUAAAGUAAAUUUUAUAAACCUAAGAACACUCUGCUUAAACCA